AUGUUUGUGUCUCAUGUUGAUGAAGUUAAGUUCCUUGCAAUAUCUGAAGAAUUCACUCUUCACGAAAGGAGCGAUGUUAAGCUGAGUGUCUUGGUUAAGUGUAAGGAGAGAGAACUACAUUCGUUUCCAUACUUACUCAUUGAAGAAUACAUCAAGAGCAUAACUGCUAAUAUCAUUUUCCUUCCACGAGUCCUGUUUGUGGCUGAAAAGGAUCAGCCCAGAUAUAGGCAUAGAGGCUGGGAUAAAAUCACUUUGGGAUGGUCCUUCAAGAGGCAUAAAGUGUUGAUGGCCAAGUAUUUCCAGGGGAAGAAGGUGAAUGGAGAAUUUGAUAUCCGUGUGGAGCAGGCUGAGUUCUCUGAGCUGAACCUGGCUGCUUAUGUCACCGGUGGCUGCAUGGUGGACAUGCAGGUCAUGAGGAAUGGAACUAAGGUGGUAAGGUCCUUCAGACCUGACUUUGUCCUGAUCCGACAGCAUGCCUACAGCAUGGCACUAGGAGAGGACUUCCGCAGCCUCAUCAUCGGUCUCCAGUAUGGUGGCAUCCACACGGUCAACUCCCUCUACUCUAUCUACAACUUCUGCAGCAAACCAUGGGUGUUCUCUCAGCUCAUUAAAAUCUUCAACUCGCUGGGUCCCGAGAAGUUCCCUCUCGUAGAGCAAACUUUCUUCCCGAGCCAUAAGCAGAUGGUGAGUACCUGUGCUUUCUUCUGA